AUUAUCUUUGCAUCUGUGGUUCAAUGGCUUAUCUGAUCUUGCCAUUGCUCGUGUUUAGUUGUUAAGGACCUCUGUACCCAACCUAAAUUGGGUUUCUCUGACCUCAAUAGUGGUAUCCGCGAGGCAGUGCGAUCAUGCAGUUGAAGUUACCUAAUGCGUUGGCCAAGGGCCAGCCGGGGAUUUUGCAUCAAUAUGCUGAGAGGCUAGUUGCCUUCGAGUUCACGAGGGGAAAUGAAAGGAAGCCGCACAGUCUCAUCUUCAUCGGGGGCUUGUCAGAUGGACUUUGGACCGUGGACUAUAUGACGGACUUGGUUGCAGCGCUGCAACACAGCGAAUGGUCUGUGUUCUCCCUGGUCUUGUCCUCUUCUUAUAAUGGGUGGGGCGUAGGUCGUCUGGGGAAAGACAUUGAUGAAAUUGCGCAGUGUGUCCAGUACGUGCGUGACUAUAAGAAACAACUCUUUGGGGCCGGAAAGGUAGCCAUCAUGGGCCAUUCGACGGGGAGCCAAGAUGUGAUGCAUUAUCUUAGCUGUCCGAACCCAAGGCCUAGACAUCCGGUUUUGGAUAGGGAAAUUGAUCCAUUGACGAGGACUCCUGUCGAUGGUGCCAUUAUGCAGGCACCUGUUUCGGACAGGGAAAGUAUUCUCAGCGUCCUGCAUGAUGGGACGGAAAGAGACAGCCCAGAAACCAUGCAAGAGCUUUACCGUAAAGCCGUUGCAGGUGCGAAGAAGAAUACCUAUGAGGAUGACGAUACAGUCGAAACUAUCGUCCCGCUUUCCGUGACCGCCAGAAUCGGAUACCCAUCGUCUACAGCUGUCAGUAGUCGCCGGUUCCUUAGCCUGGCUAGUCCCGAUAGCCCACACAAGCCUGACGAGGACGACCUGUUCAGUUCAGAUCUGAGUGACGAGCAGCUUCAGCAGACUUUUGGCGUCAUUGCGUCUCGCGGACUGCUGAAAUCUAAGUUUAUGGUGCUGUACUCGGGAAGAGAUCAGUCUGUGCCACCGUGGGUGGACAAGGAGGCUUUGUUGAAGCGGUGGUCCACCGCGGCGGGACAGUCCUGGCAUCCAAAGAGUAUGAUUAUCCCCAAUGCUUCACAUGCGCUGAGUGACCUUGAUCAAGCGGAGCCAAGACGCAUUCUGACCGAGAGGGUCAUCGGGUAUUUGGACGAAGUGACGAAGCAAAUUUAGAGCUCUGGACCAAAAGUAUUGCCCAAGUAUAACAUAGUCCGACUUAUUGUUGACAAUGCCCAGUACUGGUUCAUGGCUUGUGACUCUAGUCUGUUUCAAGAUAGCUGUUCUCUUAAGACCCCCUUGCAGUGAAUGCUUCAACACAGUGCCGUAGAUAUUUUUUCGUGGAC